AUGUGCCCCCCGGUCAGCGUGCGCCAAGGGAGGGAGGGCAUGUCCUGCCUCUACGCAUCCUGGCUGUACCAGAUACAGCACGGAGACGAGCUGAGCGUCUGCUUUGCCUGCUUCAAGGUCGCCUUCCUGGACCUCAAAGACAUGCUGGAGUCGGAAGACUGGGAAGAUGAGGACUGGGACCCCGAGACCGCGGAGCUCCUGGAGGCAGGGCCUGAGCAGGAGGGGUUCCCGGGGCAGCCUGGGCAGGGGGGCGCCGAGCCCUGGGGGCCUGGGGCCCUGGCGUCAGCACCAGCGGGGUCAGAAGAGGUGGGCCUGGACCCCCUGUUUGUGCCCACUGAGCUGGGGCCCCAGAACGCGGUGCCCCUGGGCCUGGGCCCCGAGGACGCCGACUGGACCCAGGCCCUGCCCUGGAGGUUCGAGGGGCUGCCCCCAUGCUCACACUGGCCACGCCCCCCUUCUCCGUGGCAGAACUUCCUGGGUGCAGACCUGCCCCCCGGGGAGCCCAUGGUGCUGGAGCUGGGUACCAGCCGGCCCGUGGAGCCCGUGGAGCCCGAGGCGGCCGAGGCCUGGCUCCUGGGCCUGCAGGUUGUGUCCAUGGUGGGCUGCCAGGAUGCUGUCUACCUUCGGAGGAUGGUUCCGGGCUGGGCCCUGCAGACCCCGGGCCAGCGCUGGAAACUGCUGCUGGAGCCCGGGGAGGUGUGGGUGGUGCGGCUCCAGCACCCGUCCCAGCAGCAGGACCUGCACCGCUGGGAGCUGAGCGUCCUGGAGGGGGCGGGGCCAGGCGCGGAGCUGGUGCCCGCAGACUGUGCCCUGCAGAAGAGGGGCUUCACCAUCGUCUCCUGCUCACCCUGCAGCCAGAGGGAGGCGGAGGAGGGGGCCUCGGCCGCGAAGCCACGGUCCUGCCCCCAAGGACAGGACGCCAGCCCUGCCGAGCCCUGGAGCGGCGUGCCCGAGAGGCCCGGGGAGAGCCUGGCUGUGGUGGGAGCCUCUGUCCUGGGGGAGCUGCCCUGCUUCCAGCCCUUCAGGCCUGGGCCCCAGAACUGA